UGAAGGAAGGGAAUGGAUGGAAGAAAUGACACAGCUGUGACCUAUUUCAUCCUGGUCGGACUUUCGGAGUACCCCAGAGCCCAGGCCAUCUUCUUCUGCCUGCUCCUGGUGUCCUACCUCACGACUCUGCUGGGGAAUGUCCUCAUUCUCUUCCUGAUCUACUAUGAUGGCCGCCUCCACACGCCCAUGUACUUCUUCCUCAGCAACCUCUCCUUCCUGGACAUCUGCUACACUUCAGCCAGCCUCCCUCAAGUCCUAGUCAACUGCUUGGUCAGGAUCCCCGCCAUCUCCCUGGGCCAGUGCUUGGCCCAGAUGUGUGCCGGCCUCUACCUGGGGGUCGUGGAGUGCCUCCUGCUGGCCGUCAUGGCCUACGACCGCUGCAUCGCCAUCGGCGACCCGCUGCGCUACCCGGUGAGGAUGAGCGGCCGGCUCUGUGCCCGGCUGGCGGCGGCCUCCUGGGUCUCGGCCUUUCUGCUCACCGUGAUCCCCACGCUGAGCACGCCGCUCGAGUUCUGUGGCCACCACCUCAUCAACCACUUCUCCUGCGAGCUUCUGGCCGUCAUCAAGCUGGCCUGCAACGACCUGCGGCUCAAUGAGCUGUUUAUGAUGGCCAGCAGCUCCCUCACUCUCCUGGCGCCCUUCGCCUUCAUCCUCGCUUCCUACGGCCGCAUCCUGAGAGCCGUGCUCAAGAUGCGCUCGGCCGAGGGCAGGAAGAAGGCCUUCUCCACCUGCAGCUCCCACCUCACCGUGGUCAUUGUCUUCUACGGCACGGCCAUCUCCAUGUACAUGAUGCCCCAGGACAAGGCCAGCCGGGACCGCGAUAAGAUCAUCUCUAUACUGUAUGGGGUGCUUCCACCCAUGCUCAACCCCCUCAUUUACAGCCUCAGGAACAAGGAUGUCAAAGGGGCCUUGAAGAAACUAAUGGGGGAGAAAAAUGUCUCCUAA